AACCGGAUCAACCUAGGCCUUUUAAAAAGACCAGCAGGCGGACAAAACUGUGAUAUGCAAAGGUGUCAAGAGUAGAGGUGAGUGUAACAACAAACAGAUUCAGUAUAAAUCAGUCCAUUUUCUUGAUGGAGUCACUCUCAGCAGUGUCCCUGUUGACUCUGGGUUAGAGGUUCUUUGGUUUUCCUUAUUAGCUGAUUUGAACAACACUCUCCAGCACUUUUAUUAUGGAAAAGAAAUUGAUCAUGUGACCAAAUAUUAAGGAGAUGGGCAUCAAUUCAUGAAGUCUGUGAAGGUUAGAAGCUCGUGGGUGAAUGGGUUAGACAUUUAUUUCUAAAACAGAAACAUUUUUCACUCUUGAAAGUGAAUUUGGUCUGUCAUAAGUUUUAUUAGAAUUGUGUUCAGACCAAAAAAAGAUCUUUUUAAAUUUGUUUUAUACAUCAUUUGUGGCAUCUAUGAGCUACACGAGUCCACCAGGGAGGGCUGGGGUGGAGAGUGAGGGGAGUAGUAUGGAUACAGCUCAACUUACCCCAUUCACGGGAUAAGUUGACCCUAGGAUACCACUUUUUUUGGCAUGCUAUAUUAUUAAGACAGUUAUGUUUGCACUCAUUCUAUUGGUUUGCAGGGAUGCACAACAUCUUGAAAUAUAUGCAGAUAUACUAGUUAGAGACAAAACUAUGAUUGACUUGAUGUAGUGAUCCAAAAUAUGAAAAAUGGCUCAUCUUACCCCACUCUCCCCUAUCUGCAAGCUGAGCUGUUGGUCAGUGAUUCGCUGUGGUUCUUCCUUUUUAUGCAUUGAAUGUUAUCAUUUUGUCUGGCAUAUUUUUAUGUCUUAAUCACAAUGGAAACACAAAUAUCUCAGGAGUAACCGUGACACAAAGGUUGCUUCAAUAUAUUUUGAAGCAAAAAAAAAGUCAACAAAAAUAGUAAAAUGUGCAAAUAAUCACUCAAAAUGCAUAUAUUAUGGUGCAAAUUGAGCUGAGUGUGAAGAAACUUUAAAUUUAUGGUGUGAAAUUUUGGAAUUUGAUUUGUACAAAUGAAUCUAAAACAUGCACAUCCUUUCUAAGCCAAAAGGUGGCAGCAGCAACAUUGUGUCUCAGUGCACUGCCUCUAUGUCAGUCAAACAUGUUUGCUCUAUUCAGGCUUUUAUUGCUGCAGGUGACUUCAGGUGUUAUAUAAUCUUCACCUGAGAUUUUAAGGGCAAACUGCGAGUAAAAACCUGUUUCCACUGACCAAUUAAAGCUUGAAUUGCAUAUCCUUGUAGGUGUAAUUGUUCAUAUACAGACUUGUAAUGUGUUUUACUGCUUCUUUGGUAACUUGAGUUCAGUAAAGUCCUGAACUUUGCAAGUUAAAGCUUCACAAAUGUAUAGCAGUUGUUUAUUUUCUGCAGAUUGAAAGUUCUAGGUGUCAGUUUUUUGUGAUAAAGAAUGCUUAGUAAUACAGGAAAGGGUAUUUUUUCUUCCAAAAGUUGCUCAGAACAGGUAAAAACAUAAUCCAACGUCAGUAAAGCAGUGAGAAAUGUCUUUAAGAUGUGUGUUCUUCUAUUUUAAGCUUUCCUUCAGGAUUGAAUCACAGUCUGACCUCGUGUCUUGAUGGUCAUCUUCAGCUACUUAACCUCAGAGCCUUUUCUGUCAGUAACUUUGUUUAGUGCUGUGGGGGGGCGCUCUGUCCUCCUGUGCAGAAAGCUGGAUUGAUAGAAGCACCAUUAGCUUAAAAACCAGGAGAGCACCUCUCCAUCCAUAUUCUGUCAAACAGUUUAAACCUUAGACAUCCUUCAUAGCAAUGUAGCUGUAAUUCAAAAAGAUGACUUAAGCUGUUAAUGAGAAAUCUGGCAACAGUUAUGCAUUCAUUAAUCUUAAUUCCUCUCACCCAGAGCAAGGAUUUUUUUUAAUGUGUUGUAAGACAGGACUUUAUGUUGAACAUUAAACACGUUUGAUUAUUUCCUUAUGUUCGAUGGAACCUGACUUAGGGUUCUGGGUUCUGGCUUUAGGGAAUAAUAGCUGAGCGCUAAUCGAGGAAAUUAACAUUUUCUGUGGCCCACUUGUAAAACAGAUAUGAGUGCUCAAAUAAAAUCAGAGGGCUGCUUUAUUAAACAAAGAAACUUCUUUUUGCAUAAGAAUCCCAUACUCUGUUAACUUGCGCAUAUUUUCUCCAAAGUUCUGUUAAAAAAAAGAAAAAAAGAUUAUCUUUUAUGCACAUAUUGACUUUGGUAGACAGCUAACAGCAGAUAUCUGUGAUCUUUUGGUCCUCAGGCUGCUCUGAGGUGGAAAUCACUUGCAAAUGCAAGCAAAAACUGUACCAUAAGAGAUAGACCUUGUAAGACUGACCUUGCAUAAUCACAUUCUGCAUGUGUUACAACAGCAUGGGUCUGUAGGAGAAGAGUCCACCGGCCUCUCUGUAGUCCAGCAUAUCCCCUACUGAAAACAUUUGGCAUAUCAAGAAUUGGAAAAGUCAAAAAAGUUGACUCUGAACUGUUAUGCAGCUUAAAUCCUACACCAGGCAAAUAUGGGACCAUUUUUAACUUGCAGAUCUCCACAAAUUGGCUGCAAAGGUUCCUAAAAGUCUACAUGCUCCUGUCCAAAUUUUCUGAAAUGUGUUGCCAACACCAAGUACAGAUUUUUCACAAGACAAAACAAAUGAGAAAAUUCCAAAAUCUGACUUGUUGCAUUAUUUACUAUUAAAAUCUCCCCAUCUUCUUCAGUCUUUGUCAACUUCUUGUUGUUUUCUUUCUAGUGAGACUUCUUCCUUUUGCAAAUAAAACACUAAUACAGUGUAGACACAUUGCACGCACUGGAAUAAUCUGUCCAUUCUCAAACGUAACACAAUCUACUCAUUUAAAACUAUUUCUAUCAAUACUUUGCUGUAAAUAUAGUUUCCAACAACACCACAAGCAUCAACAUACAUCUCUCCCUCAGGCUCAUUACUGCACCGUGUCCCAGAGAACAGCACACGCUCUAUGUUUGGAGAUUCCUAAUGGCGCCAUAAUGGGAGUCAUGUGGAUCUCCUCUCUGCAGGAAGACGCUGGGAAAAAAAUUCUCCUCUGUCCUUUACAAACAUGUCUUUGCACUGGUGAGGACCGGCAUUGGGCAUGACAGCCAGGAGAGGUAAUUGAUGCAUGAUACCACACCAGAAGGGGAUUCGACUUCUGCUGAGAACAAGCAUGGAGCAAUUUGUUGUUGUGUAACCUUCUGCACUGAAAACGGUGAGUGUUUACUUGGAGUUUCCCAUUUCAAAACUUUGCGUGUGUAACUUUUUAACCACAUUAAAUAAAUAGUUUGCUAACCACUGUAAUUUAUCAAGUGUAUGUAUCCGCUGUGUAUCUACUGCGUAUGCUGAGAAGUAUAAUGUGUUCUUAAGGUCAGGGUGUAGCAGGGUGUUUGAAAACCUGCCAAAAGACAAAAUUACGGGGAAGGAAGUUUCGUAAAUGCCGUGAGAAAAUUAUACCAGCCCACACAUAUCUCGAGAGCUCCCUGGAAAGGACCUGCAGUCAGAUUCAACCUUACUGUAACGUCUUCUGCCGUUGCAGGUUGGCAGAGUCAUGCAUGUUCAAACAUACAUCUUGAUUGAAUCCCAAUGAAGUGAAGAGUCACCCUGAAAACAUCUGCAUCUUUCAUGAUGAUGAUAGUUUGUAAGUAAUUCCUCCUGACCUUUUCCUUUCUAUUGAUGUGCCACUCCUAGACGUGAAGGAUAAUGUCGUCUUUCUUUGUGUUCGUUUCAAAGGGUUUAUUGUGCUCGUUUUCUGCCCCGGUCCACUGAGAACCCAGCUGGGCACUACCCCCAACAUCAAACACAUCGUGGUCGGACGGUGUUACAAUUACAUCACGCUGGUUAACCCCGAUUUGAGGUAAAGUUCAAAACCAUGACCUUUGACAGGUGUCAAAACCUGAAAGACUGGCACUGGUUUUGAUUUGACAAUGAAUAACGAUUUUCUUUGCUUCAACAGAAAGACAAACAAGAUAGUGCAGAACAGAGGCUCGUCUUUUAUAUCAUGUUAUAUCUCAUGAGAAGGUUUGGCUUAAAUAGCAGGACUUUUUUUAUAAUUGGGUUCACUGAUAUUUGCUUGGUUUUCUUUGGAAACAAACCUCCGGUAAAUCUCAAUCCAGGUGUAUUUAGAGAUUAGUUCCUCAUUUUUGUUGGGUCAUAAAAGGCUUUUGAUAACAAUCAUUCAGGCAACGUUAAACAUUGAUAGCUGAGCGUCUUUUGAAAUCUCGAUCAACUUUGAACAAAGACGGUGAGUUCUUAAGACUUGCCAGGGAAUCCAAAAUGCAACCAUUGAAUAAUUUUAUCACUCGAUUUCUUACUCAUCAUCCGUUGGUGUUUAAAAACUUGAUUUAACACCUCCUGACCGGUCAAAACCCCAUCACAACAGUUGCCAGGGACAGCUAGAUCAAAUCUAACCCAAUCAAUUCGUGGGUAGGAAUCUUGCACAGUUUUAAAGUUCAUGAUUUGAUCUCUUCCUGUUGACAGUGUGGCAAAAAUGUCAGUUUUCAACAUUUGUUUUAAAAACGCCAAACUUUGAAGUCGACAGAGACAGAAAAGCCACAAAGAAACUAGCGAGGAAAGUUACAAAAGAUGAGGAGCUGAGUUGAGGGGUCAUCUACCAAACUGAAGAAAACAGACAAAAAGCAACCAUAAAUUGCAACUUCAAAAGAAACCCCAAUAGAAAGUAACUGGUAAAGGGUCCUGAACUGGUGCUGUUUUCGUGAAGAAUACCAACCGAAAAAAUUCUCAUAAUCUGUCAGAAAAAUGAAACUGCAUCUGACUUGCAGCCAGCUGAGAAGAACGACAGAGACAGUGGACUUCUUUUUCUUCAAUAUCUUUUACUUGCAAGGAGUCUGACUGAGGAAUUCAGAUUUUUACACAUCCUUUAUGCAGUCGAGAAACAGACACUCCUGCCCACUAACAUCAUCUCACAAGUGGCAUGACAUUACAACGGUAUCCAAACAGGGUACAGGUUGCAGCUGUGGUCCGUACUGGGAGAACAAAGAAAGCUUAGUUCAUCAUCAGGUUCCUGCUUAUCAGUUCAAUGUCACACUGCUGGGAAAACAACCUGUGAGUGAAAUUGUAGCUUUCAUUUAGUUGCAUGGCUUCAGGUGAAAUGUAUCAGUUCCAACUCCAAGGCCGUACUUCUCCUUUCCCAUGCUCAUUAAAAAGAAACAGAUAUGACUCUGCAAGCGUUCACACCAAGUGAGUUUCAGUAAAUGAUGACUAACAUACUAAUAUAAUGAUAAAAUACACAUGUGAUAGCAUUCAUAUACAAUUUUGCUUUUGUAAUCUGACAGUACCAUGUUUGUAUCUGAGGUUGACAGCUGGGUAGUAAAGGGGAUGAUGUAUAGUGAGUGGGUUGUUAUGCAAAAUAACAAGAAAGUCUAACCCUAUUCAGGAUUGUUGCAUAACUACUCACACACUUUGAAUUGUCCCUUACCAGGAGUCAAUAUGUCUAUUUCAGUUCUCUGGAGGCAAAGUCAUGAUAUCUUAAUCCAAAGUAUGUUUAGUAUGUACUUUAAAAACUGUAAUUUACCUGCAAAUAUUCACAACCGUAACAAGAAAAUACUGGUGUUUUCAGUCUGGAAGUUAUGGAUGGGAUUUACAUGCAGCUGCGGACCAAGAGUGUGUCAAAAUUCAGGUUUUCCUUUAUAUGUUUGAACACCAUUUUGGAGUCCAUUUGAAGUUACGUUAAUGUGGAAUAUUUAAUAAUAAUAAUAAUAAUAAUACAUUUUAUUUGAAGCGCCUUUCACGUCACUCAAGGACACUUUACAGAACAUAUAAAAACAAUAAUAAAACACUAUUAACAAUUAAAAUCAUUAAUCAUCAAACAGUUAAAAUCAACAAAGCAACAUUAAAACAUGAACAACAGCAAAGGAAUAAAUAAAGAAAUGAAUAAUAGCAAUUGAAAUUUAAUUUAUUUGUCAUUUUUCUUGUGUUUUAUUUGGAGGCAUGACUGCGAGGUCAUCUGGAGACAUUUUGAGGAGGCAGUUGUCCGUCAGUCCUCUUGUAAUGUGACGGUGGAGGAUUAUAACAAGAUGUUUUACGCCAUACCACAGACCUGGCCCUGUGACAGGGUGAGAAAAAAAACUGUUUUUGAGAAUUUUUCUGUAGAUACCAAAUGAAUACAACUGAUCAGCUCUCUGUUUUCAUGUCUUUCUGUUCAGUCUCUGUUCUGGAGUAAAACCAGGACGCUGAUGCACAGCUAUGCCGCCGUUAAUCCUCAGUUUUGGACUCUGGAGGACACACUGGUUGGCUACAUGUUCAAUGACCUUAUCUGGUGUGGACAAGAGGAGGACUCAGGUAUAUCUGUUCUGACUUUGACCCUACAGGAAAACAUCAUGUUUGGGCUGCAGAAACUAUCUGCACUUUAGUGAUUUCAGACAGAUAUUUAUCACAGAUUAACCCCACUGACCGCAUGAAAUGUCUCAGGUCAUGUGACUGAUAUCACAAACUUACAUAUCAUCAUUUGGUCAUUUCACAACUAAAGCACUUCAGACUCUUCUGUAGGCAUUGGUGGUGCCCAAAACAGAGCACACAAUAAAGAGAAUAUGCAAGUAUUUUGCUAGGUGGUUGCAGGCUUUACUAAGAAUGUGCAUUAAUGUUGCAUGGUCGUAAAUCAGCACACAGCUGCUGUCCAAAAUUAAAGAAAAAUUGAAGGUGUUAAUCUUGUGUGAAAAGCUUCUGCAAGGAAGUGAAACUGUCUUUUAUAACCUCGACAACAGAAAGUCAAACCCAAUGACAUUAUGCUGUCUUGAAUAUGUUUUUUAAUGGGGGGACUUUGUCGCUCUGGGAUUUGAAUUGAACAUCAUCGCUCAGGCAGCUGCAGCUGUGCUCCCAUAUGUUCAGCAUGCUUCUGAAUUUUUCAUUACAGAUGUAGCGCUGAGUGAUUAAACUGCAUGAUGCGUGAACUGAGCUUGUUUCUGUUAACAUUCAUUCAUGUCUUAUUUAACAAUCAUAAAGCUGAUAUGAUUCCUUCAGAGGAUAAAUGUGGAUUUGAUUCACAGGUUUUGAUUUCAGCUCUUGUCCAGAGUGGUCGGCGUGUAGGAAUCAUCCGGUGUAUUCCUUGUGGAGACAAGCGUCACAAAAUGUGAGUUGAGUGUCUCGGCAGCGCACGCAGCUGUGCUGUUUAUCAUUUAUAUGCAACAUACUGUUCCAAAAGCAGCUGUGGAAUAAUGCUCCCGUGUGAUUUUCUUCACUCAAUCGUUAGUUUGCGGAGAUGGCGUGUGGCAACAUCACUGUGUUACUGAACGGGUCGAUUGUCAACGCCUUUAACAAGAAAAGGUUUAAAGUGAUUUAAAUCCAGCAGUUUUGUAGUAACUUUACUUUGUUUGGAUUUAAAAUCAUGUUUUUUUUAAUCUCACAGCAUGUUUGGAAGUGUUGAGCUGGACAGUAUGAACCCUCGCAGGGUGGAUUAUGUCAACAUAAAGGUGGUGACCAAUCUGGAGGGACCGUUUACGUAAGAAUAAACAGUAAUAUGUUCCAAAGCACCACAUUAGUUACACAUUAUAAACUAAAGUCUUUAUGGCUCUCAUUCCAUACACUGAUCUUGCUAUCUUUGAGUGACAGGACUGUUUUUAUUAGCAUGUUUAAUUAAUUUAAUCUGGUUUGACUUUCCAUGUAAUAAAGAUUAAUUCUGCAAAAAUUCUACCAGAUCAUAAAUUUCUCAAUUGAGAGUUGUUGUUGUUGUUGUUGUUCUCAAUGAUAUAAAUAAUCCAUGUGGUAUAUCUACUGUGACGUUGCCAUUAGUUACAGCUCAUAAAGCCGAUGUAAAUGGUGGUACACACUAUGAACUGUUUUCCUCUUCUGCAGAGAGUCAUGUAGUAAAGGAUCCAUUGUAGACCUGAUCCACAUCCUCCAGUCCAGAGGUUUCCGCUGGACUUGCACAGACAAUGACCAGUAGGUGACAUUCAACAAGUCCUUCAAAAACAUAAAUACAUUUAUUUUUCCUAUGAGCUUUAGACGAGCGGGGAGAGAAAAAAUGAUGUUGUGACAAAGCUUGGCUUGAGAUUUAAUCAGAAUACUUAUUUAUUUAUUUAGUCAGGAAAUUCGACUUACUUAGCUUUAGUCACCAAUAUAUAUGUAUGUAUAUAGACAGAAGAAAGGAUCAGGCUUUGAUUCAACCUCACAAAUCUACUGCUAAACUUUCUUAUAAAAAUAAUUUUAAAAGUUUAUCAAACACAUCUGUGAAAAGUGCAUCGAAUCAGUAAUUAAAGCUUCUGUGAGAAAGUUCUGUCUGUUCUGACUUUGGCGCCCCCUGUAGGCAAAGUGGUAACCCUUUCAUUUUGUGGCUGAUUGUGAAAGUGAUGUUUUCUUUUAUCAGAGAAAUUUAGGUCACUAUGGAGGUGUUAAACUUACUGUUUAGAAACUGUCAACCUUGUCCUCAGUGGUAUCAUAUGCUUUAGUACUUUAUAUUUAAGAACUACAGUAUUUGCAUCUGGAGGAGAUGGAAGUGCAUGAUACCAUUGUAGGCACAGAGAAGACAUGCUUGUUUCAGACUAACGUUUUUCCUGCAGACUCAUGUGAGAUACAGAUAUUGACGCAGAUGUUGUGUAAUGACCUUCCUGAAGAAAGUUCCCCGGAGUAACAGAUGUAAUAUUUAUCCACAGGACCCUGAUGAUCCUUCAGUGCAUCCAGAACCCCGAACAGCCGUCCUGCCAAACAUGUGUGAACAGCCUUUUACACAGGAGGGGCUAAAUCACACACAGAAUUUGCAUGUAUUGUUAUUUUUGUUUUGCAGUCUUGUGCUCAGCAAAAGUGCAUCGAAUAAAUCGUAUGCUGAAAAGAUUUCCAGGUAAAGGUCCUUUCACACCAGGACCGUUUUUGUCAUGCAACUAUUUUGGACUUCUGUAUUUUUUUUCGAACCUGUAUCCUGUAAAUGCAAGCGUUCACAUCAGCAACGUUUUCCCGUCUCCCGUUUUCCCGAUAUUGCAGCAUUUAUUUUUUCGGAUCAUGGUCAACUUUUCUAAAUUUUCACAUACUGUGUGUCCACUUCUGACCAAUCAGAUUGCGUGUUGUUGCGACGUCAGAUUCACCGGUAUAUCCAACAUGGCCGACCAGCUGAUUGUUUACAUGUUGGAGAACAGAGUGAUUUAUGAUAAUAGACACAAAUAUUACAAAGAUAACGACCUGAAGGACAACUUGUGGAGAGUCAUAGCGUCGGAUUUCUCAUAUGACGAUGGUUUUUGUGCUCUAACAGUUUGCUAAACGUCUUUGUUUUAACUUUCAUCUGUGCUAAGUAACUUUAGCUCGUAAGCUAACCUGUUCAGAUACAACAUACCAUAUAUAUUUUCACUGUCUCAAACUCAAUCAC